AUGUCACGACCAGGCUCCGAGAGCAUUCAGGCUUCAACGAAGUUCAGACUGAGUCCUUAUAGAGAUACAAGCACCAUGUUACUGGAGUUUACAGUCUCCUUGUCCCCUUACACACGUGUUUGGAACAUCUUUUGUGAGCCCACAGGUAAAAACAGUAAAAUCCACUAUUCGGAGAAGCCGUACGACUAUUCAGAUUGGACUGGGAGUAUGGCAUGUGUGAGAACAUGGUUAGCCGAAUGCUUGGAGAAUCACAGCGACUGUCCGGCAUCCCGAUUGAGCGAGCGCACACUCAGCAAAGCAGUCCAUCCUAUAGUCGGGCGCACUACAUACCUCCCAACGCGUCUCGUCAAAAUCGGCGAACCAGAAGCUACUAAAGUACGCUUGCGGCUGUCUCAUGAGCUGGAUGGCACUUCUUCGCAGUAUGCAACACUCAGUCACUGUUGGGGCAAAUCCAAAACACUCAGAUUAACAUCAACUUCGUUUCAACGAUUCAGAGAUGGCGUGGCUAUCUCUGAUCUGGCGAAGACAUUUCAAGAUGCUAUAAGCACGGCGCAAUCCCUCGGCAUCGAGUUGCUAUGGAUCGACUCCUUCUGUAUCUUCCAGGACUCCAAAGAAGACUGGGAGAAAGAAGCAGGACUUAUGAGUCAAGUAUACCGGCACAGCUUCCUCAAUAUUGCCGCCAGUGGAGCUGUUGACAGCGACGCUGGCUUCUUUCGUGAGAGAGCUUCGACUAUUGAGCCCUACGUUGUUCAAACUGCGUGGACAGACCACCCGAACGGCACUUAUCAUGUUUACAGCGAGGAUUACUGGUCCGAGAAUUUCGAACGUAUGCCUCUAAGACACCGCGCUUGGGUGUUUCAAGAGAAUGUUCUUGCUCCCAGGAUACUUCACGUCUGCAGUACUCAGCUUUUCUGGGAGUGCCAUGGCCUAAGAGCUUGCGAGACAUGGCCUAUCGGGCUGCCAGCACACAUGUACGCACAAUCUUCGCUGAAGUCCACAGGAUGGCCUGGAGCUAUUGAGAUUUUUGGCUCGAAUGGCACUGCUGGCAUUGAACCUCUGCGUAUUUCUACGGACAAGAACGCUAUACUUAACAGAGAUUCAUUUAAUAGCCUGUGGAUAAAGCUUGUAUCAGAGUAUAGUCUGUGCAACCUAACUUUCUCCAACGACAAGCUGAUUGCACUGUCGGGCGUCGCAAAGCAUAUGGAGCGGCUCCUCGACAUAGAGUACUGCGCAGGCCUCUGGGGUCAUGAUAUUGUUCAAGGACUGGCCUGGUACGUCCCUAGGAAGAGUGAUUUGGAGUGCGUAUUCCCAACAGAGGCAGUCCCCUUUCCUUACCGUGCACCUUCAUGGUCAUGGGCAUGUAUGGAUGGUAGAAUAGUGUGGCAGGACUAUUACCCGCUGAGAAGUCAAUUUUUAGCCGACGUUGUCUCUUGGGAUGUCAAAACUGCGACAACGGACCGAACAGGUGCAGUCACCUGCGCAACUCUGCAACUAUCCGGAUUCAUGACAACAAUGGAGUUACACCCAGAAUUUGGGGUCGAGAAGAACUUGGACAUUUAUUGCGACAGCAAAUGGAUCAGCAUGGAUAUCCACCAGUUCCAAUUUGAUCGUCGCCCUCCGUCAUUUCAACUGCACUGUAUGCCGCUCUUCAUUGACAGUCUUGGACAUAUGUGUGCUAUCCUAAUCACUCCUACACAAAGCGCUCGCGGUCACUUCCGGAGGGUUGGCCAGUUUCGGGCGUGGGUUGGCUUCAAGAACUUUUGGGAUUGGAACCAGCUUCCUCACUUUGAAAACGAGUCAUGGUUGGAGUACGAAUCGGUCACUGAUGACGGGAAAUACACGAUUACGAUUAUCUAA